AAUCAUAUUCCACAUCAGUGAAAGCUUCCUCAACAACAGAACCUUCAUCAGAAUCACAUCCUACAAUAGCAGCAUCCACGAUGGCCACAUCCUCUCUGGAAACAACUCCAAAAACCCAGCAAUCUUCAAGAACUGAACUAUCAUCACAAUCCAAUCCAAGCACAACCAAUGUUUCAUCAGUCACUGAGUCCUCUUCAGAAACACAUUUAACAACAUCAAGUUUAUCACAGGUAACUGAGUCCUCAACAGAAACAUACUCCAGUUCGACGCCGGUUUCAUCAAAAACUGAAUCACCCUCAGAGAGCCAUCAGACCACAGAAGUGCCUUCAAGCUCCUUGUCCUCAUCAAAAACACAUCCAACAACAUUACAGGAAUCAUCAUCAACAGAGCUUCCAACAACAGCAUAUCCAACAUUGACAUCUGCUUCAUCUGUUAGUGUGUCCCCAUCUGAAACCCACCUAACAACAACACCACUAUCAUCGCCAACUCAGUCCUCAGCAGAGACCUAUCCAACAACACAAACAUCCACAAACAAACCUUCAUCAGAAACACACCCGACAACAGUGGAAUCGUCAAGCACACAGCAUUCAACGCAAACACAUCAAAGCUCAACGGAAGUUUCAUCAGUCACUGUGUCGCCAGUUGAAUCCCACUCCACAAGCUCAUCAUUUUCAUUGGUUACUCAAUCCCCAUCAGAAACACGUUCAACAUCUGCACAAGCAUCAGUGACAACUGAAACUUCAUUGGAAUCCCAUCCAACUACAGAGGCAUCUCGAAUCACAAUGUCCCCUUCAGAAAGACAGCCAACAGCACAUGAAUCAUCAAGUACAGAGCAGUCAACACAAACUCAUGGAACAACAUCAGAAAUUCCCUCAGAAAGUGCGUCCUCAUCAAAAACCCUCGCAACAGCAACAACGUCACCUUUGGUCACUGGGAGCUCAGCGGUAACUUAUUCUCAAUCAUCGCAAAUCACAUCCUCCAACAAAUCUGCAACAGUAUCACAUCCAACUACAGAAGAAUCAUCGAUCACUGUCUCCUCACCUGAAACACGUCAGACAAAUACACAGGAACCUUUUACAUCGGCAUAUCCAAAGACAACACAAGCUUCAACAGAAACUAUUUUGACAACAGAAACACACUUAACAACACCAAUCUCAAAGGAAACGGAGCCUCCAUCAGUAACCUACCCACGCACAACAGAAGGCUCAUCCACAACAGAAUUUUCCUCACCAACACCGAAUGGUAGACAGGCAUCAGCAGCCACAUUGUCCACAGCUGAAACACGUCACAACACAUUCCUCAUCGGAAUCAUAUUCCACAUCAGUGAAAGCUUCCUCAACAACAGAACCUUCAUCAGAAUCACAUCCUACAAUAGCAGCAUCCACGAUGGCCACAUCCUCUCUGGAAACAACUCCAAAAACCCAGCAAUCUUCAAGAACUGA